AUGGGUCAGUCGUGGAAGCAGUUUGUAGCGGCAAAACUCGUGACACGCGAUGCGAUGAUUCAGAAGCACUCCCGAAACAAAUCAGUCGAGUGUUCACACAUCACGGCUCUUGACAAUAUUACGGAGCUGACGCAGCAGCUACGGUCUGGCCACAUCUCGGCGCAAGACGUUGUUCGUGCUUAUAUCUCUCAAGCUUGUGCAGCACAACAACAGACAAAUUGCCUGACUGAGUUGUGCUUCGACGACGCCCUGACACAGGCAAAGCGUCUUGAUGAUUAUCUGAAGGACCACGGGGAGCUCUUUGGUCCACUUCACGGCGUUCCCGUCUCACUCAAGGAUCAAUUCAAUGUGAAAGGACUUGACUCGACGCUCGGAUACGUCGGGCGCGCAGGCAAACCAGCAAGCUCCAAUGCUCUCAUCGUGGAUGUCUUGCAGGACCUCGGUGCGAUUGUGCUUACAAAGACGAACCUGCCACAGAGCAUUCUGUGGUGCGAAACCGAAAAUCCGCUUUGGGGUCUGACAACUCACCCGAUGAAUCCCGACUUCACUCCUGGGGGCUCUUCGGGCGGUGAAGCAGCUCUUUUGGCUUUGCAUGGCUCAUUGCUUGGAUGGGGUACUGACAUUGGUGGUUCCAUCCGUAUACCCAGCCAUAUGAAUGGCCUCUGGGGUCUCAAACCUAGUAGCGGGCGUAUGUCUUAUCAAGGUGUUGAAGUAUCCCUGGAAGGUCAGCAGCACGUACCUUCGGCUGUUGGUCCGAUGACUCGCUCCUUGAGCUCUUUGGUUCUGGUCACCAAACUCGUAAUUGAAGCCGAGCCCUGGCUAUCCGAUUCACAAUUACCUCCCAUGCCCUGGAAAAAUGAUGUCUUUGGGAGAUUCUCAUCGAAACCUCUUGUCAUUGGCAUCGUACCAGACGAUGGAGUGGUCAAAGUGCACCCUCCGAUUGCACGCGUGUUCCGUGAAACGGUAACGAAGUUACAAGGUGCAGGCCAUGAGAUCGUUGAAUGGGAUACAUCGCUCCAUCGCGCAUGUAUUGACAUCAUGGACGAAUACUACAGCGCGGACGGAGGCGAAGAUGUCCGCUCAGCUGUGACAGAAGGAGGCGAACCAUUCGUGCCGCAUGUGCAAGCCUUUGUCGACCGUGGCCCACCAAUUUCAGUAUACCGAUAUUGGCAACUGAACAAGCGAAAGGUGGCCGCACAGCAGGCGUAUCACGAUCAGUGGAACAGCACGCGAUCUGCCUCAGGAAGACCUGUCGACGUUCUGCUCAUCCCAACAAUGCCACACACUGCCGUAGCUCAUCGUUGCUGUCGCUGGGUUGGCUAUACGAAAGUCUUCAACUUCCUCGACUACACCGCACUGUCCUUCCCUGCAGGCAAAGUCGACAAAGGGAUCGAUAUCGCGCAAGACGAAAGCUAUGUGCCUCGUAACGAUCUCGAUGCUUGGAAUCAGAAGCAGUAUGAUCUCGAGUCUAUGCAUGGUCAUCAUAUUAGUCUGCAGCUUGUGGGACGGAAGUUCGAGGAGGAGAAAGUGCUAGGGGCUGCUCAACAGGUCGAGCAAUUGCUACGUGAACGCGUGGAAGACAAUCAGAAACAUAACGAAGCGUACACACGACUGAGAUGA